ACGUGCGCUCCGCAGCUUUACAACGGCUUCGUGAAAUAAUUAAAUUACCGAAAAUUAAUCUAUAACAAACUUGCACGUGAUUGCAUGCGUUUGUGGCGUUGAGUGAUUGGAUGUUAAUUUCUUGACGAAGUUUAGCGAGUUUGUGUUUAAAAAAAUUGACGGUGAAUUUUUAAAAUUAAGUACGUGUUAAGUUUUGGUGUUGUUAUAAGUAUGGGAGUGUUCAUGUGAGUAAUUUAAUUUUGUAAGUGUUUUGAGGCUUCGAUUAAAGCUACGAAAAUAAGGAAACCUGCCUCUUCUUUUGUCAACACAAUUCCACAUUACAUAUGUAUCGAGUCAAGUAUAAUAAGCAGGAAUGCCCUGUAACGAAGAAAUGACCAACACAACAGCAAAAUGGCUCACAAAUGUUGGGAAACAUGGAUAAAAACUUUCAUAGUAUGUCUUGUACUAAUAUCCUUCACAAUUGCCGACUUCACAACAGAAUGUCAGAGACCUUGUGACUGUAGAUGGCAAUCGGGAAACAAAGCCGCAAUUUGCUCAAACUCAAGCCUAAAGGUCGUGCCGGCCAAUCUUAGUAAUGACGUACAAAUUUUAGAUAUCUCGAACAACAACUUACAUCAGUUACCCCAAGAGGCUUUUAAGAGGGUAGGCCUAAGUAAUUUGAAAAAGUUGUUUUUAAGAGAUUGUAAUAUAGAAAUAGUACAUAAAGCAGCCUUCUUGUCGCUAGCUAUUAUGAUAGAAUUAGAUAUGUCAAAAAAUUAUAUAAGAUACAUACACCCAGACACUUUUAAAGGUACGGAAAAAUUAAGAUUGAUUAACUUAAACAAUAAUUAUAUAGAUAAGUUAGAAGAAGGUCUGUUCAGAAAUUUGAAGUUCCUUCAGAAAGUUGAAAUGAGCAACAAUAGGAUAGUUCGAAUUAGUGCAAAAGCUUUCAUCAACUUGCCUCAGUUAAAGAUUCUACGUUUUGAUGGCAAUAAUUUAAAUCAUAUGAAACCAGAAACUUUGUCUUCGCUAAGAAAUUUAUCCGGUUUGGAUCUUCAUAAUAAUCCGUGGAGAUGUGAUUGUAAUUUACAAUCGUUUAGAGAUUGGGUUAUUAGUCAUAAUUUGUAUACGCCACCAACGUCGUGCGCUGAACCCGCGUCGAUCCGUGAUAGACUCUGGAAUGAACUAGACUCAUCGAACUUUGCCUGUCGACCGACAAUAUUAGAACCACUUCCUGACUCAACGAUCAAAAGUUAUGAUGACAAUGUUACUCUUACUUGUAAAGUUGUUGGGAAUCCUCCACCAGAUGUCACUUGGCGUUUUAAUGGAAAACUAAUAGAAAUUAAAUCCUUUGGAGAAAAUAGAUAUUCUAUAGUAGAAAAUACUAUGGACCUAAUAAGAUGGCUUAAUCUGACAAUAAUUCAUUCACGUUAUAGUGAUAGAGGUAAUUAUACUUGUGUUGCUGAAAAUCCUGGUGGAAGAGAUGAGAAAACAACAAUUCUAGUUCUAUCAAAAUACGCAGGAGCUGGUACUAUAGCUGGAAUGGAUAUAGAUUCCUUUGCAAUACUAAUAGGAUGUCUAACAGCUAUCGUAAUAAUAUUCGGCGCAGUGAUAGCUGUUUGUUUACUAACUUCACAAAAUUCAGAAAUGAAAAGAUUGAUAAAAAAUGAUACAUCUACUAACGGUGAAGCUCUAAUUGAAGGAUCAGUAACAUCUGAACCGGAUAAAGGAUUAAAAUCUGAAGUAAAUCCAAUUAUGAAACCAGCUAGAAAGUGCGAAGAGGCACCUUCUUUAACAAGUGAUGCGACAGAGAUGUCGGAAUUGAAUAAAACUUUACUCGAGAAUGAAUCCGUCUUAGCGUCCUACGAAGAAAAUAUUAAUCGACGUCACCAAGUAGAUAUGCCGAAUAGGUCUAAGGAAAUUUUACUCGAUCGACUCGCACAAGAACAUCAAGCAUAUCCACCUGAUCUUCUUUCAUUUCCACUCAGAAACGGUAAUCAAGUGUCACCAUCUAGUGGCAUUACAGCUCAAGAAAAGCCGAUAAAUCAAAAACAUAUUAGAAGUCCACUCAAAUCUCCUAAUUUUGAAACUAAUUUUAACCCAAUAAUGUACAACACUCUUCAGAUAAAUUCAAACCAAGGGACGAUACCAUUAAUCAACCCAAAAGGAUACGUAACAUUACCAAGAAGACCAAGAAUGAGUUAUCCAGACAGCAGUCGUCAAGCAUUCACAAAUCUGAAUGGUGUUAUACCAUAUUAUGAUAGCUUUAAUAUGAAACUUUUCGGUAAUGGAGGAAAUUAUUACAGCCUUAACAAGAGUGAGAUAGAUCUAGGUCCAGUCAGCAAGUACUGUAUGCAAGAUGAACUGGAUGAUGAACCAGCACCUUCACCAGCACCUGGUACACCACAUGCAACAAUACCUAGGAAUAGUCUAAGCUCACCGAAUAUUAAUAACCAGUUGCAAAGUUUACAAGCUAUAUCAAUGAACGCAGCAAGAACACAACAGAAACCACUAAAAGUGACUCUAGCUGAAAAUGAUAGAUUUCUAAAGAAUCCUAUAAAAGAUAGAGCGGCGUACAGUGUGAAUGUUGUAAGCGAAUCUUUAAAUAGAACAAAGAAUGUUCCUAAUCAAACAAUUCAAAGCAAGAAAAUACAUUCAACAGAAAUUAAAGAAAUUCUAAAUGCCGUGGAGAACGCUACACAAGUUUAAAUUGUUAAAAACAUUUGAAAGUUGAAUCAAGUUUCGAAUAAAAAGUUUAAAUACAAUUUCAUCCGGCAUUGUUUCAUGUUAAUAUUUUCAUAGCAAAAGAGAACUAAAAUUAGUUCCGAGAAUCUAAACUCAGGCAGUAGUUUUUUGACGUUCCUGGGUAUUUAUAUUAUGUACUUUGACCCUUGAAGUUCAGAAUUGAAAUUUUAAUUAAUUAUAAAAUGUUAACAAUAAUUAUAUAUAGAAAGUAUUUAAUGGAUGAUAAGUUUUUGACUACAAUAACUACUAAACAUUUUAAAGAGUAGGUUUAAAAAAUCUGCAAUCUCGAUUCCCUUGUUGGUGCUUACAAGAAUAAUAAAACAAUCGCAUUUACUAUUAGAGACUUUCCAUUUAUUCUGCGAAUAGAUUUGACACCCAUUUGAUAAUGAAAAUAAUUCAAAAAUAGAAUUAUUUGCAAUUGAAUCGUAAUAUUUUAUGUUAUAGGAUAAAGCAUAGCCUCUACUAACAAUUAUUGAACACAUGAAUUUAUAUAAAAACGGUUAAACACUCACGUAUCCGGUGGCGGCACCGACUAGUUUCGAGCCCAGAGCCCCUUCAUCAGGGCCCUUGAUCAGUGAGCGCCGGGCCGCGUCCGCGAAAUAUUACCAGUCCCGCUCAACCUGAAUAACGGCCCCCGAUGUGCCGCCACCGAAUACGUGAGUAUUUUAGCCGCUUUUAUAUAAGUUUAUACUAUACUAUGCCUAAUUAUGUAAAUAAAAUCAUGCCUAAACCUGCAAAGAAAUGAUUCCGGGCAAAAAAAAAAGAUCCGCUUUUUUUACCUGUUAAAAGUUUUUACUAUUACGUAUUAACUGUAUAAAUGUAAAUAUUACUAUAUAUAAGUAUAUAAAAAUGUAUAUUUAUUAAAAGUGUAUGGUGUGAAAAAUUGAGAAUGUUCGAAGGACCAAAAUGAAUGACA